UAUACAGCUUAUUCGCCAAACGGCUGCAGAAGCACUAGCAAAGGCAAUAAACCCAGAUCGUAUAGGUCGUGCUCUUGUGGGUGGAUUCGGUUCGUGAACGCCCCAUGGGAAGAUUCCACUAUACACUGGCCAGGCAGGCUUCCGAUUUGUGGGUCUUCACAAUGCAAGACACUCGAGACUCGUAAAUCUUUGGACUUGAGUCUGUGAGUGUUGCCUCUGAGUGUUGGUGAGUUUGGCUGGCGUUUUUUAACUGGCAUCUCGGCAACUGUAAAGUUCAGAUCGUAAUGGAUUUUUGUAUAAAUAUGCAAACAAUUUCCUUUGCUGGCUACAGUAAAAGAUCGCGUGGAGUUCAGUGCAGAAGCGCAGAAAGAAUACAAGGAUAAACUCGAAAGCAUAACUAUGCAAUUCACAGCACUUUCCAUAGCAGUAAUACUACUGAUCAGCUUGGUCCAAGCCAAGCCCCAAGGAGAGCAAAUUCCCAUCAUCAGGCAGGAGCAGGAGGUUAACUUCGAUGGCUCUUACAAGUACUCCUACGAGACUGGCAACGGGAUCAACGCCGAGGAGGAGGGCUAUCUCAAAAACCCGGGCACUGACAACGCCGGCCAGGUCGCACAGGGCUUCUUCUCGUACACAUCGCCCGAGGGCAUACCCAUCCGGAUAACCUAUCUUGCGGACGAGAAUGGCUUUCAGCCGCAGGGUGAUCACCUGCCCACGCCGCCUCCCAUACCGCCUGCGAUCCAAAAGGCCCUCGCCUACCUGGCUACCGCGCCUCCUCCGUCCCAAGAGCAGCCGAGUGGCGGAGGGUUCAACAACCGGCGGGGCUAGUAAAACUGAAUCAAGAUAUUUAUAUUACCACUCAAUCCAUUCAUUUAAAAAACAUUUGCGAAUCAACAAUAAA